CUGCCUGUAUGUCUGAACCAGUUAUUCAUCCGCUCUGAGGAUCUCUGCUAGGGUGGAGGCUUAGAGGCCAGCAGUGCCAGUCACACUGUCGGUUUGUCUUCUCUCUGUCUCUCUCUCUCUCUCUCUCUCGCUCCCUCUCUCUCGCUCUCUGUCUGUGGGUGUCAGUCCUUUCUGCUGUUCGCUUGGCUCGUCUGUACCAGAAAGGAUCAGGAGUGAGCUCCUGUUGGAGUGCUUGUUUUAUGGUCCCUGUGUAACCGGAGGACUCUAGCAGACGGCAUAAACAGGAGAGGGAAUGGCGAUCAAAAUGCUACAGGAAGCGGUUGCCAACAUCUUGAAUUUCCAUAAUUAUCUCGUGGAGCGGACAGAUGCCAGGGUAAAGGACUACCCGCUGAUGCAGAGCCCGGUACGAAUGACUCUCAUUCUCAUGGGUUACGUCGUGGUAGCGUUGUAUCUGGGGCCGCGCCUCAUGGCUAAACGCAAGCCUUUCCAACUCAAAGAAGCCAUGAUCAUCUAUAACUUUUCGAUGGUGGCCUUCAAUGCCUAUAUUGUCUAUGAGUUCUUGAUGUCAGGAUGGGGUACGACCUACACCUGGCGAUGUGAUCUGUGUGACCCCACAAGCAGCCCUGAAGCACUUAGAAUGAUUCGGGUAGCCUGGUUAUUCUACUUCUCUAAAUAUAUAGAACUUUUGGACACGAUGUUCUUCGUUCUGCGUAAGAAACACAGCCAGAUCACAUUCCUGCACAUUUUUCACCACUCCUUCAUGCCUUGGACUUGGUGGUGGGGAAUCACCUUGACACCUGCAGGGGGAAUGGGCUCCUUCCACGCCAUGGUCAACGCUGUCGUCCAUGUUAUUAUGUACUUCUACUACGGCCUCGCUGCUGCUGGACCCAGAUUCCAGAAAUUUCUCUGGUGGAAAAAGUACAUGACUGCAAUACAGCUGACCCAGUUUGUGCUGGUGUCCGUCCACAUCUCCCAGUACUACUUCAUGGAAAAGUGCGACUACCAGGUCCCCGUAUUCAUCCACCUCAUCUGGAUCUAUGGCACCUUCUUCUUCGUGCUCUUCUCAAACUUCUGGGUACAGGCCUACAUUAAAGGCAAGCGGCUACCCAAGCAGACCGAGGACACGGACGGCGCAAAGCCGAACGGGACUGCCGGCAAGGUCGAGUCGAACGGCGUCCACACGGAGAACGGGUUCGCGCCCCACGCAAACGGCACUGCCGACUACGGGAAAGUGAAGGAAGUCUGAGUUUCAACACGGGACAGCACACUGUAGAACUUUUUUGUUUGUUUUUUUCUUUUUUUUUAAACCCCCCCUCCCAACACCACCACGGAUUGUCCAAGUUUACUUUAAUUUUCUGUUUCCAAAUGUGUUUUGUCGUCUGACGCACGGGAGAUUGAAUGGCAGGUGUUUUUCUGCAGUUGUUCCCCUCGGUUUGCCUUGGUGACGGGGAACCUGUGGAGCACGACGUAUGAAAAGAGGAUCCCCACCGCCCCCCGAAGUCUACUUCACAGAUUCUGCCUGUGAACCCACGGAAAUAAAACCUGCUGGUCUAAGGCCCCCACUGAGACUCUCCUUGCCUGAUCUAUGCCCCUCCCAUUUGGCAGGUAUGACUGGCAGAUCAGAGAGCACGGUUGUACAGUUCCUACUGAUAACUUGAACUCACUUGUAAAUAAUUUCUAAGUCAAAACCAGUAAGGAAUGGUUUGGCUGAGACAUGAUAGAUUUUGCUACUGUAUGUAAAGUUAAAUGCACGAUGCCAAAAAUAAAACUAAUUUUAAAUU